AUGGCUCAAAACGCGAAGAUAUCCAGCCUGACCGAUGAGCUGAUAAAGUCCAUACUGAAAAGCGACCCGCAAGCCUACAAACACGCCAGAGAGAUUGCAGCGCGCAACCUUCGAGGUCACCAGUAUGCUCGGACAAAUCAAUUCGACAUCACGGCAAGGUUUGCAGGCUUAGAUGAGAAGUUUCGUGUCAAGAACCGGGACGACCUUGCCGAUGCGCUGCAAGCACGCUUGCGAAAGCUAGAGGGCUACAAAUAUCAGCCAGAUGUAUUAUCCUUGUUACUUCAACUCGCAGACCGACCUCUAGAGAACACUCAGGUCGAAGCAUUAGAGCUACUCAGACCAGUCAGCCCGCCACCGCCGCUGACAUGGGCGGAAAUACUACAAGAAGAUCCGUACAGCGAUGAAGAGAUCUGGAAGGACAUCGAUUAUGGCGGAGACUCGUCAAGCGACGAAAAACCAAUUAACAGGAAUGACAAAAAAUCACACACAGCCCCCGCUACUUUCGAUAUAGAUGACGCCUAUGACCCCGAGUCGUGUAUUUUGUCAACAGACGAAACGCUUAUAGCUGGGCUAGAAGAGGUCAAGUUCUGGAAGGUAGCCGAAGAGAAAGACAACAAAGUACACAUUACAGAGAUUCAGGCUGUACGAGAGACACUGUUUAUGCUCGGCGGUCUACAGACGAGCCUGUAUCGGACGAAAAGCUGGGCCCACAACACCACGCUCAGCACGAACCACAUCAUUGACAGCGCCCCUUCUAUCGCUAUCACAAAUCUUCUAUCUCAGUUCGUCGAAACUGGCAAGGCAUUGAAUAGUCUGCGCGAGUGGGCACUUCAAAAAGAGACGAAAAGCCGGUCUGUACCACGAUCACCACUCCAUCAAACGUUCGUGGCCGCCGUGCGGGCACGACUGCUUCGAUUUGACCGUUCUCUAUCCUCGCAGCAGCAGCGGUACUUGAAGCCUGAGCACUCCGUGCCUGUUUCCCUACUGCAACUGCGUAACGACGUCCGAGCCAUGUCCACGCCUAUUCUAUCGCUCGACUCAAUAAGAAAGCGCGUUGAGCUUGAUCAACAUGUUUUGGAGGCUCUCUUCGAACAGAUUACUCUUGCGCAAAUGACGUUAGAUGAUGUACUUUUCAGAUACACAUCAGAAGUCUUCUUUGAGUGCCUCGAUACAUUUCUUAAACCGAUACGACGGUGGAUGGAGACUGGGGAGCUGGCUCAUGACGAUGACACCCUUCCUCUCUUCGUGAACGAUACACAUAGCGAUGCAGCCUCUUUAUGGCACGAUCGCUAUGUGCUCAGCCUUGGUGGUCGAAAUCGCUCACUAUCUCCAUCCUUUCUGCGACCUGUAGCAGAGAAAAUAUUCAUCGCAGGCAAGAGUGUUGUGUUCCUAAAGGAGUUGGGCAUCUAUGAUACAGAAUCGCAUGCCUCGGAUCGCGAGCCAACCCUGAAACACGAGACAGUAUGUGGUAUAUCAGAUACGAUUCCCCUAGCGCCUUUUCCAGAGCUCUUUCAGACGGCGUUUGAGACGUGGAUUGCAAGCAAAUACUCACUUGCUUCAUCCGUACUUCGCCAACAUAUCCUAGAAACGGAUGGCUUGGUGCAUGUGCUGGAGAACUUUGGGACUCUAUAUCUGGGCAAGAAUGGAGCAAUUUUCGAGGACUUUGCUACUGCAAUUAUUGAGCGCAUGGAGUCUGGACGUAGAGGAUGGAACGAUCGCUACGUCUUGACGGAGCUUGCGCGCGGUAUUUUCGGCACAAUUCUCACGGUAGCAACUGCUGAGAAGGUUGUCGUUCGCGCUACAAAGGCAAAAGCGCGAGGAAACUCAGUCAAAGACUUGGCUGCCGUGUCCAUUGACUAUGCGGUUCCAUGGUCCAUUCAAAACAUUAUUCAGCGCUCAUCUGUACCCAUAUACCAGGAGAUUUGUACCUUUCUCAUGCAGAUAUACCGCGUCAAGCACGCACUACAGCGCGCCCGCAUGCGUCGCUCACGAAAGCCCAAACCGCUAGCCUUUUACGGGUUAUUGCAUCGGCUCAUGUGGUUUUCUGAUGUGCUCCGAUCUUACACUACCGAGACUGCCAUCUUUCUUUCCACAAGAGACAUGAGUGCAGCUAUGGAAAAGGCCGAAGAUGUCGAUGAAAUGGCACAGAUUCAUGCGGAGUAUAUAAAGAUACUGCAUCAACGAACUUUACUGUCAAAAGACUUGAAGCCAAUAUACAACGCUAUCGUUGAGCUGCUCGACUUGGGCGUCUUGUUUGCCCAGACCAAAGGCAGUGCUGGACAGCAGGUUGACCAGGAGGUUGAUAGACUCCUCCCUUUUAUCGUAGCAGGUCUGCGAAGUGUGGGAAGAGCUGGUGCCGAGCCAAUGUGGGAGCAGUUAGCGGAUCGACUGAGUUAA